GCGGCAUGUAGCUGCGGGCUCCCGCGCCCAGCUCCAGGGUGUCGGCCCACAGCCCCGCCAUGGCUGGGAAGGACAGUGGGAACCUGAAGACGGUGAGGCUGUGGCGGGACGCCGCCCUGCGAGCCAGGAAGCUGCGGAGCAACCUGCGCCAGCUCACCCUCACUGUGGCCGGGGGAUGCCCCGGGGCGGGCGCCGACCAGCUGGAGUCCCCCGACGCCCCCCAGCUUGUGCUGCCAGCCAACAUCGGGGACAUUGAGGUGCUGAACCUGGGGAACAACGGCCUGGAGGAGGUGCCCGAAGGGCUGGGGUCGGCGCUGGGCAGCCUGCGCGUCCUGGUCCUGCGCAGAAACCGCUUCGGCCGGCUGCCCCCGGCGGUGGCCGAGCUGGGCCACCACCUCACCGAGCUGGACGUGAGCCACAAUCGGCUGACCACCCUGGGCGCGGAGGUGGUGGGUGCCCUGAAGGAGCUGCGCAAGCUCAACCUCAGCCACAACCGGCUGCCCUCCCUGCCCGCCCAGCUGGGCGCCCUCGCCCACCUGGAGGAGCUGGACGUCAGCUUUAACCGGCUGGGGCACCUGCCGGACUCCCUGGCUUGCCUCCAUCGUCUGCGCACGCUGGACGUGGACCACAACCAGCUUACUGCCUUUCCCCAGCAGCUGCUGCAGCUGGUGGCCCUGGAGGAGCUAGACGUGUCCAGCAACCGGCUCCGGGGCCUACCUGAGGAUAUCAGUGUUCUGAGCGCCCUGAAGAUCCUCUGGCUGAGCGGGGCUGAGCUUGGCACUCUGCCCAGCGGCUUGUGCGAGCUGGCCAGCCUGGAGAGCCUCAUGCUAGACAACAACGGGCUGCAGGCUCUGCCCGCCCAGUUCAGCCGCCUGCAAAGGCUCAAAAUGCUCAACCUCUCUUCCAACCUCUUUGAGGAGUUCCCUGCCGCACUGCUGCCGCUGGCUGGUCUGGAGGAACUCUACCUGAGUCGCAACCAGCUCACCUCAGUGCCACCCCUGAUCUCGGGCCUGGGCCGCCUUCUCACGCUGUGGCUGGAUAAUAACCGGAUCCGCUACCUGCCCGACACCAUUGUGGAACUGACUGGCCUGGAGGAGCUGGUGCUGCAAGGGAACCAGAUCGCUGUGCUGCCAGACAACUUCGGACAGCUCUCCCGGGUGGGCCUGUGGAAGAUCAAGGACAACCCACUGAUUCAGCCCCCCUACGAGGUCUGUAUGAAGGGCAUCCCCUAUAUCGCAGCCUACCAGAAGGAGCUGGCGCAUUCCCAGCCAGCGGUGCAGCCCCGUCUGAAGCUGCUCCUGAUGGGCCACAAGGCUGCGGGAAAGACCUUGCUCCGCCAUUGCCUCACUGAGGAGAGGGUGGAGGGAAGCCAGGGCGGAGGAGACAAGGAGAAGAGUUACCCACCGUCACCUUCCGCCAUGAGCAAGGGCAUCGAGGUGACCAGCUGGACAGCCGACGCCUCGCGGGGGCUGCGCUUCAUCGUGUAUGACUUAGCUGGCGACGAGAGCUACGAGGUGAUCCAGCCCUUCUUCCUCUCCCCGGGGGCGCUCUAUGUGCUCGUAGUCAACUUGGCGACUUACGAGCCGCGCUGCUUUCCCACCACGGUGGGCUCCUUCUUGCAUCGGGUGGGGGCCCGGGUGCCGCACGCCGUGGUGUGUAUCGUGGGCACGCACGCGGACCUGUGCGGGGAGCGGGAGCUGGAGGAGAAGUGCCUGGACAUUCACCGCCAGAUCGCCCUGCAGGAGAAGCACGACGCCGAGGGGCUCAGCCACCUGGCCCAGGUCGUGGACGAGGCACUGGCCCACGACUUUGAGCUGCGCUCUGCCAGCCCCCACGCAGCCUACUACGGCGUUUCGGACAAGAACCUCCGGCGACGCAAGGCCCAUUUCCAGUAUCUGCUCAACCACCGGCUGCAGAUCCUCUCCCCGGUGUUACCUGUUAGUUGCAGGGACCCCCGCCAGUUGCAGCGCCUGCGGGACAAGCUCCUCUCGGUGGCUGAGCACCGGGACAUCUUCCCGAACUUACACAGAGUUCUGCCCCGAUCUUGGCAGGUGCUGGAGGAACUGCACUUCCAGCCGCCUCAGGCACAGCGACUUUGGCUGAGCUGGUGGGACUCGGCUCGCCUGGGCCUGCAGGCCGGUCUGACGGAGGACCGGCUGCAGAGUGCCCUCUCCUAUCUGCACGAGAGCGGCAAACUGCUCUACUUUGAGGACAGCCCAGCCCUCAAGGAGCAUGUCUUCCAUAACCUCACUCGCCUCAUUGACAUCCUCAAUGUGUUCUUCCAGCGGGAUGCCACAUUACUGCUGCAUAAGCUGCUCCUAGGGACCAGCGGAGAUGGCGAGGUGGAUGCAGAAAGCUCCUUGCUGAUGGCACUGCCAGCCCCAAGCCCGGACCUGCUCAGGGCCACGCAGCUCCAUCAUUAUGUGGAGGGCUUUCUGUUGCAUGGACUCCUGCCGGCCCAUGUCAUUCGGUUGCUGCUGAAGCCUCAUGUCCAAGCCCAGCAGGACUUGCAGCUGCUGCUGGAGCUACUAGAGAAGAUGGGACUCUGUUACUGCCUCAAUAAGCCUAGGGGCAAGCCUUUGAAUGGAUCCAUGGCCUGGUACAAGUUUCCAUGCUAUGUGCAGAACGAGGUCCCCCAUGCAGAGGCCUGGAUCAAUGGGACCAACUUGGCCGGGCAAUCUUUUGUGGCCGAGCAGUUGCAGAUCGAAUAUAGUUUUCCCUUUACCUUUCCACCUGGGUUGUUUGCGCGCUACAGUGUCCAGAUCAACAGUCACGUGGUGCACAGGUCAGAUGGUAAAUUUCAGAUCUUUGCAUACAGAGGAAAAGUUCCUGUCGUUGUGAGUUACAGACCUGCCAAGGGGGUCUUGCAGCCAGACACUCUGUCUAUUGCCAGCCAUGCAUCAUUACCAAAUAUCUGGACAGCGUGGCAAGCCAUAACCCCCUUGGUCGAGGAACUGAAUGUCCUACUUCAGGAAUGGCCUGGACUGCACUACACCGUGCACAUCCUCUGUUCUAAGUGCCUUAAGAGAGGGUCGCCCAAUCCACAUGCUUUUCCAGGGGAGUUGCUGAGCCAGCCCAGACCAGAAGGAGUGGCCGAGAUCAUUUGCCCCAAGAACGGCAGCGAGCGAGUGAAUGUUGCCUUGGUUUACCCACCUACACCGACUGUGAUCAGUCCCUGUUCCAAGUAUCCCUCAGGCACGUAAGGAUGAGGGACAUUAUACGAGGAGAGUAUGGAACAGAGGGAGACAGCUGUUCAGUUCACUUUCUGUGGAUACAGGUUAUCCUGAGUCAGCAAGGAGCUUAACCGUUUGUUCUACCCUAACGAAGUGCCAUUGGAGAGGCGACACAGCAGUUGGAGUCAUACAGUCCACAGUCCCUUUGGACAAGAAACCGCAGCAGCAUCCAGCCUUCUUUGAACCGCCCUGCAGGCUUCCUGUCCUGUCACAGAAAGCCCACAGUUAGGUUGAACUGUCAGCCAGCACCUUUAAAGCUGGGUCCUCAGGGCACAUCUGCAGAGACAUCUGUCUGGAUGCUAGAGGGGAGGCGGUUAGGGAUCAAACUGCUUUCGACCUAGGGGCAAGGAAAUAACUCAGAAAUGGAUGGCAGGUUUGGAAUGUAAUUCUCAGCUGUAAGUGGUGGCGUGUUUUCUAAAGUAAAAAAUGUCUCAUUUCUAAUCAGAACUGACUUGGAAAUGGUCAUUGAUCUAAGCGUGCGCUUGCAGUCGAAGCCCCCGUUGGUGCGAUCCCUUCUCAUCUGCCCCUCCUUACACAUAGACCUCACAUGGCACAUGGGUGAAAAACAACGACAAGGAAACAUAGAGGCCAUGCUGGGCCCAGGGAAGUUCCCGCUUACCAGUGGGCACACACGGGACUGGAAUCAGGAGAUUUGGGGACCGAAUAGGGACCAAAGGCAAUUUAGGCCUGAACCUGAGAAUAAGACUUGGGUCCAAGCAGCCACUAGAAAUGGGGUGAGUCAGGCUAUCAUAGUGGCUUUGCAACACCAACCAAGUUACCUUAAGCAGGCCACCAUCACAUGUAUGAACCUUUCCCUCAUUGCCAUCCUUUUUGCAUUAAGUGGCUUGGGGUCAUAGCUGACCGCCUGAGGCUUCUCCAUUGCCUGGAGGCAGGGGUCAGUCCUGCCUCCACAUUUCAUGCUUUUUUACCUUUAUUCUGACAGUGAACGGUCCUUCUGUGCUGGAUUCAAUGGUUUGUUGCAAUGGCCACACAGAGCUCAGCUAACAGUUAGGAGGGCUUAUUGGGGGUGGUGGGGGGUGGUUAAUAGCUCACCACAAGUCCGAAUCAACAAAUAGCAAGGACACAGUCAUUAGUUCACAGCACACCUCUCCCCAGCCAGCAGCAGCCACGUUCCUCUCUGGCCCUCGUCUCUCAGCAACAGUCCUUUGUCUUCUGCCUCUUGGAGACCAGGAGCCGGCCCGCAUGUCCCUCUUGUCCCUCAGCCCCUCACAGUGCCAUAGUCUUGGGCCAGAGGAGGAGAAGGCACCUCCAAGUCAAGGGCUGCUCCCUGAGUCUCACACUACAGCCUCUGGUC